AUGGGUAGUGGGAACACGUCACUGUCUUCAAGUCCCGACAAGGUAUCGAAUGCCAAGAAAAGAAUAAGAUUUAAUCCUGAGAAUAAAUCCACAAAUAAUUCUUAUUUCAAUUUUCUUGCUUCAUUUUCUUCUUCCUCUUCUCUCAACGCUCCACCGUCUCCCCCACGACCUUCUCUUCAGGUUCCCGGUUUCCUUCACCUCAACAUGAUGGAAAAGAUGUGGGUGUCCCUUCACAUUCAUUGUUUUUGUUGUGUGUACAAUGGUCAUCGAAAAAUUCCAUCAACACAACCUCUCAUCUCCAGAUCACAUCCACCACCUGCUUGA